ACUUUUCUGUGCCUGUAAACAAUGGCAUUUAAUGACAUACCCAUCGACACUUUAAAAAGAAAAAUAGAUGAAGUUAAGCGCUUUCUCUCCAUAUCAUUAAGUAUCUCAAAUGCGCACACUGUGGACUUUUACACGCGUGCUGUUUGGAGCACGUUCAUCUGUGUGAGUCCAGAGGAAGUGUUGUGUGCGAUCAGUUCCACACAAGACCGCAUGGGGGCGAUAGAAGAGAAGGAAAACGCCACCUUUGGUUUCUGCAAUGCCUCAAAGAAGUUGGUGGACAUAUCAGCCCUGCUGAGGGCAGCAAAAGCCCAUUGUUUACCAGGUCUGGGGGUCUGUGUGCAGCUGGAAGAUCUGAUGCAGAAUCUGAGAUUGAUGACUGGCACUUUAGCAGGAGAGACAUCAGAGGAAGUUAUUGCUCCGGAUGAGUUUAUGAACUGUAAGAAGGCCCAUGAGGUACAGGCAAUGUCUGAGGUUGUGGCUAGUUUGGCCAAAUGCUGCCGAGUCAAACAGGUGAUUGAUGUGGGUUCGGGGAAAGGCUACCUGUGCUCGUAUCUGUCCAUGCGGUUUAACCUACAGGUGUACGGGAUCGACUCCUCCAGCACCAACACACAUGGAGCUCAGGAGAGGAACAGGAAACUGAAGAAGUUCUCCAAAGCCUAUCAGAAACCGAACAAUGCCCCUAGGAAGCAAACUUUGGACAGCGAGGAUGAGAGUAAACAACACAGCAGAAACUUUGAAAACACUGAUGAAUACAAAAACUCUAUUACUAAGGAAAAGGGACGUUUUGAGCCUCGAGCGGAAAUCAGUGCUUUAUCAAAACAAGUCACCAAUGAUUUAUCCACUUCAGAUAAUGCAGCAGAAUGUCCAUUAGACCCGAAUGAUUCAGAUUCAGGAAGCAGCUUCCUCAGUAUGCUGUGUCUGGACGUCAUAGAGGACGUCUCUCCCCGUGUCCACCCCAGCCAGCUGAGCCUGGAGGAAAGGGAGAAGAGGAAGAGAGAGAAUCUGGAGAGGAAAGCUCGAGAAGGAAGGAAGAACAACAGCGACGACAGACUGUUUUCUCCUCUGACCUCAUAUGUCACUGCAGAAACUGAGCUCAAGACGCUGAUCACAGAGCUGCAGGAUGCAGUUCUGGUUGGUCUGCAUACGUGUGGAGAUUUGGCCCCCAGCACUCUGAGGAUGUUCAGGGCCAAACAGGAGCUGCGCGCCGUUUGCAGUGUGGGCUGCUGCUACCACCUGCUCUCUGAAGAGUUUGAUCAGGACAGACAGGGGUGUGUCGAUGCUGUGUGUGGUUUCCCUAUGAGUCAGUAUCUGAAAGCUCAGGCGUGUUUCUGUGGUCGAAAUGCCAGGAUGUCAGCAUGUCUCGCUCUGGAGAGAGUGUCUGCUGGAGGAGGACUGCCUAUGGAGUCACUUUUUUAUCGGGCGGUUCUUCAUGUUAUUUUACGAGAUCACUAUAAUUGCUUUAAAAGUGAGAAACGUGUUGGGAACGUGUACUCCAAAGCCUCGUCGUUUGUGGAAUAUGUCAGACGAGCACUUAGGAAGCUGGAUCUGGAUGACACCAAACUAUCUGACGGUGACAUUCAGAGCUAUCAUGAACACUACAGUCCCAGAAUGAAUGAGAUGGUGGCUUUUAACAUGUUGAAAGUUAUUUUGGCUCCGUGUAUAGAAGGUCUCAUCCUCCUCGACCGACUUUGCUACUUGAAAGAGCAGGACAAUGUGUCUCAUUCUGCGCUGGUUCAGCUCUUUGACCCUCUCCAGUCCCCUAGAUGUUAUGCAGUUGUUGGUAUAAAGGAAUCUACAGUUUGAAGACCAAAGCUAUAGUCCUGCUGUUUAGUGUAAUUUAUUGAUUUAAUUUUAAUUUAUUAUUUUGGUAAAACUUUGUUUUUAAAGUCAAAUCAAUUGAACUCUUGCCAAUUUUUCAAACAACAAUAAAAAUGCUUUUUUUUAUUUAUUUAAUUAUAUUUUGCAAAGAAAUUAUGUAAAAUAUAAAUUAUGUCAAAAUAGGGUUGUUCACAGUAAAUUAAAAGCAGUUUUUCAUUCCAGCUACUCCAAAGACCUGGCAGUAUUAGUCUCCAGAUCGGUUCAGUUAUGAUGCAUAACGGUUCGGUCUGCAGCUUAAAGCGGAAAGAUAUAGUGAUCAAUGUGAUGCAGAACGUUGCUUUUAAUGUUCAUUAGUCGGACUGGUUUAUAAAUCAGCCUUAGCCUUACUGAGCCACAUGAGGACAUCAGUCACACUUGAGACGUCUUGUGCUUCCACUUAUUUAACACACCAUUAAUAUUAAUCAGACAUUGAGCUCUUCAUUAUUUUCAGGCCAUUCCCCACAGACCAUUAUUCUCCUGUCUUAUGUUUUAGUUAAUAUUCAUAAAUGAAACACCUCGAGGUAGCUUUUGUCUUAACCUGAUUGAUUCUUCAGUGUAUUUUUGCUUGAUUAAGACGCCUUUAAGAACUCAUAGCACUUAAGGCACAAAGAGUUUGUUUCUUGUGCAUUUGUUUUACUUUCUCAUACUACUAUAUUUGGUGUUACUAUUUAUGUGUUUGCUUCUAUAUUAAGAGGGAAUGUGGCUUUAUAGAGAUCCAAGACAGAAUUCAAAGCCACCCAUUCUAACUGCAAGGAGUUUAUUGAUGAUUAUGCACACUGACCUGUUAUAAUUUUUCAGCAAUAUGGUUUCAUAUGUGAUAAUUAUGCAGUUUGAAGUAGCACAAGUGGUUAGUAAAGUUCUGUUGAAACAUUAACAAAUCGCAGUGACUGGCUGAUUUGUUUUUAAUUGGUUUUCUUUUUUUUAGACUGCAGUGAAUUAAUAUUUUCAUCAUAGUAAUUAUAAGUCAUUAUUUAUUGAAUGCAAACAAAAAUUGAGGAAGUUUGAUCUUUCAGAGAAAGUAGGCCACAUAGCUAAGCUUAAGUAUACACUAUUCCUGCUUCUAAUGAUUUUUCCUUCUCUAACAGCACUACAUCCAUUUAUCAUGGUACCACUUGACCAGAACAAAGCCAGCUCUGCCAUUAUUUCUGGAAAAAAUAAACGCCAUUAGUGUGUCUGUGUUGAGAUAAGCAUGGCUACACAUUGACACUGCAGCUUGAACUUCACUGAAUUUGUUGGUGCCAGUCUAAUGCUUCGCCAAUCUGUUGACCAGUCACACAUAUGGUUCCCUCAUGAAUUCAUCUUCCAGCGGAUGUAUUGUGCCAUAUCCUGUUCUGUGUCUAAAUAAGAGAAAGGAAAAGCUUCAGUAUAAUGAUAUGAUGCACUCCAAAACAUCUCUCUCCAUGACAGAAAUAGCAAAGCGACGGGAAACCAGCUUACUCACUCCCUUAUUUCCUGAAAUUUAGAUUUUUUUUUCAUUGCAUGCAAAGGAGGCUGAGGAAAUGCUUCUCUAUCGUCACCAAGAAUGUCCAGCUCCACUUUGAACAAAACAAGUUUCCUUUUUAGUAUCAAAAAAAAAAAAAACAUAAGAAUUUGUUUUCUUCUCCUAAAGCAGAAACAGUCGGCUGAUUUGUUUGCUUGUGAGGAGAAUCAUUUUUCUCUUCACAAAACAGCUGCUGUCCCCUGAAGUUUUGUGGUCAACAACCAUGGUGUGUUUCACAGACUUAAUGACUUUAGGAUAUAAAUAACACAUUUACCAACGAUGUGAGAUGACAAGAAAAUGCUAACAUUUGUUGACCUCUUAGGGUCGGUUCAGACAAAACGUGUUUUUGCAUUCAUCUGCUGCUUUUAAUUUGGUUUUCUAUGUAGACGUGCUAGACUGGUGUAGAAUGGGAAAAAAAAGUAGUGUUGUCAAACGAUUAAUCGUGAUU